CACCACCACCUUCGCCUCUCACCUGCUCUGCGUCGUGCACGCGCCGCCGACCAUCACGCUUCCACGAAGCGCUGGCUACCAUAAUGUACGGCCCGCCGCCGCGCACGGCUCCAGGAGCAGCUCCCGCCGCAGCCUCUUCGACCGCUGCCGGAGCACCGAACGCCAGUGCAGCCGCCAUGAACACGCAGGGCACCGCCAGCGGCAGCCCGGGCGCCGCACACGGAGCGGGCUAUCCUGCGCAUCCGCACGCUGCCCGCUCGCCCGGUGCGAUGGGCGCCAACCCCAGCGAGGCGCACUUCCGGGCGCGCACCGCUGGAAGAGACGAGGGCGACCCGGCGCUGCACCGCGGGUCUGCGCGGAGGGACGCUAGCCAACAGUUCGCUUCGCCCUCGUCGCCUGCUCGCCCUCGGACUCCGCCUGCGCAGUACCGCCCUUCGAUGCCUUGGGAUGCGCCGCCUCAGGCUCCCCUCUCUGCGCCCGCAACAGCGCCACGUCUGCCUCCGUCUCAGAGCGCCGCGAGCGGGGGCGGCCCGUCGCACUGGGACGGCAAUGCCGGCGCCUCGGGCAAGCCCGCCUGGGCGCCGCAGCACGGCCGCUUGCCUAGCUGGUCCUCGCGGGGCGGGCACUCGUCGCCGCCUCCGCUGCACCACGUGCCGCGCUCCUACGGCGGGCACGAGGCUGCGCAAAGCGAGCGCGCCGACCACGCAGCUUGGGACGCUGCGACACAAGCCGGCGCGGGACCGGCCGGGCGCAUGGGGUCGCGACGACGCAGCGAGUCUCCGGCUGCCAGCGGGGCGCCCCACCUGCGCGACGCAGCGACCGUGCCGCAGCGUGGCGAUCCGAUGAGCAUGAGCUCGAUCCUGGGCCCCUCCAGCGGCGGCAGUGAGCGACGGGCCGAGCGAGAGCGAGAGCGCGACCGUGAGAGCCGCGCAGCCGAGUCCGAGGGUCGGCGUCGAUACGAGGACAGCGGCGCAGCAGCUGCACACUCUUCGGCCGCGUCCGGCUCGUCAGCCGCCGGGACCAAGGACCAGAUGGCCUCUCAGGCGCAUCACCUCGUGUCUGGAAAGACUCCUCCAGUGUCGCAGCAAGCGCCGCCCAGCGAGGCUGCUGCCAAUCUGGCGCGUCGCAAGUGGAGCGGGCCGCUGGCGGAAGAGGCCGCCCAGCACGCUGCAGCCUGGCGAGCGCAAGAGAUGGGUCGCUUCGGCGGCGGGCACGCGCGCACGCAUUCGGGCGACUCUCGGAUCCCAUCCUUUGGCAGUCCGUCGUUUGGCGGAGGUGCUCCGCUGCCCGGCGUCCCUGGACCUGGCGCAGCCGGCAGAUUCCCUGCGGGGCGCAAGACGCCCGGCACCGGCAACAGCCGAGCUCCGAGCCCUGCACUCGACCGGCAGCACUCCGCUUCCGCGGCGUCGAUGUCAUCUCAGAAGCGGAAGCGCGACGAGCCGUACGACACGUCCGCUCCUCGCCCCGACGGGCCCGGUCACUACAGUGCAGACGACGCUGCGGCCAUGUAUGGCGGUGCAUCCGCGGCGCAGCGUCUUGAUCCUCGCAGCGGAGCAGCGCCUCCGGCGCACCUCGGGCGCUCUGCAAACUCGGUCUUGUCGGCGUCAGCGGCAGCAACGCAUGGGGCACAGUCUGGCGGACCGUAUCACGGCGAUCGCGCGGCCCCGCAGGCCGGCGGCGCGCGAGCUCAUCUCUUCGAUCGCCGUGCUCAGGAGGGAGAGCAGUACCUCGACUCCUCUUCCGCAUCGCUCGGGCCAGCUGCACUUCAGCCGCCGCCCGCCAUGGGCAAGCCGCACGCGGGCCAGCAGUCAUCCGCCGGCAGCGACAUUUCGCAGGGCUCGCGCGCGGGUGCCAGCUCACUCCCUGCGCCGCCAGCGGCAGCCUUGGCAGGAUCCAAGCGCAGUGGUGCGUCGUCGCGCCAGAAGAAGGCCGGCUCGAGCGUCCCUGCUGCCACCGGGACGCUCGGCCAUGCCGGGAGCAGCAACAGCAACGCAGGCAACAAGCGUCUGAAGGCUGAGCAGGAAGGUGGCUUGGCCCAACAGGCGCACUUGCCGCAUGCUCAGGCUCAAGGAAUGCAGCAGGCGACGCAGGCGCACAUGUUCUCGCCAUCCCACGCGCAGCAACACGCGGCGCACACGGCGUCGCAAGCGCCUCCGCAGCAGCAUCAACAGCCCGCACAGCAACACCAUCAGCAGCAGCAGCAGCAGCAGCAGUACGCUUUGGCGGCGCAAGCACAGGCGCACAUGCAGGCGCAGGCACAGGCCCAGGCGGCCUACGUCCGGGCUGCAGCUGCGAGCGCCCCAGGCAAGUCGUACGACAGCGCCGAGUUCGUCUCGGCCAGUGCAUCAGCACGCACGCCGAUUCUGGGCCCUGCACCCGGACUCGCGCCGCCUUCUGUCGCUGUUCGCCAGCCUGACGCACAGGACAAGAGCGUGCCUGCGCGGGACUUUGACGCCGGACCGCGCGUCGACUCGGAGGCAGUUUGGGAGUACCUCGAGCGCUGCGAAACGACCUCGCGCGCGCCUGGCGGAGCCGACGCGCCCGCCCUCAAGCAUGGCGCGCUCCAGGACGUGCUCCUCGAGGUCGGAAAGGAGGCAAGGGCUGCGUCAGGCGACGCGAGCACUGGCGGAGAUCUGGGCGCCACACCUCGCCCGGCUCGCCACCUGGGCAGCUGGCGGUACGACGCCAGCAUCGACCCGCUCCUGCCCGGCGAGAUUCUGACGGAGAACAUCGGCGCCACGCUCGAGGUCCGCAUCAGCGGCGAAUGGCUCGGGCCCGGGCCGGCUGCCUCGGAGCUGGCGGGCGCGGCUUCGGAGCGACUCCGACUGCGAGGCGAGGAUGCGCUCGAUGCCCGCGGCAGCGAGGGUCCGAGUCCCGCUCUCGCCGGCAAGGGCCGCUGGAGUCUUGGCUGGAGAGGUCUCGAGCACGCGCGCAUGGUCGCCGCUGAUCGCCCUCGCGGCGCGCGCACCAAGCUGCCGUCCGCCGCUGCGACGUCGCCAAGCAGCUCCCUGUCGGAGGAGGAGGCCACCGCAGCAGUCAAGGCGUUCUGGACCCAGGCAGCGCUGGUGCGGCGCAAGCUCUGGGGCACAGACGUCUACACGGACGACUCCGACGUCGUCGCGAUGUGCGCCCACGCCGGCUGGAUCGAGGGCCCGCCCGUCGACGACGUGCCGGGCUGGGUGCCGCCGGGGCGCGCGCUCUGGACGUGGAAGCAGAUGCACGAGGCGUCCGAGCGGUCCAGCCCGUCAAGGCCAGCGCUGCCGGCUUCGGCCUCAUCGCAGGCCGAGCGCGACACGCGCGCCACCAGCGCCCCCGCCAGCCGUGCGGCUCCACUGCACGGUGCGGGGCGGGAGCGCACCUGCGACCUGUCCGUCACGCUGCGGGUCGCGCCGCGCCUCAUCGCGUACAAGGGCAGCCAGCGCGCCGGCGUCAAGAGCCGCAGCUGGGGCAACACGCACGACGGCGUGAGCCUCGUGGUCGAGAGCGUCGAGCUCAAGCCUCCCGGCUACGCCGCCGACGACCACGGACUGCGAGGCGCGAAGCGCCGCAUCGAGCAUCUCGCGCAGCUCUCCGCGGCACGGACGUAUGAGACGCAGGAUGCCGCGACCGGCACCGAGCUCUCUGGCGCCGCCCUCAGACGCAUGCCGCUGGCCGCGGCACGCGACCAGAGCGUGCGCCGCUUCUGGGACGCGCUGCCGCAGCGCAUCGGCACGCAGUCGUAGCGCGGUGUAAUGCUAUCGAAUUGCGGCAGAUCGCUGACGGUGAGCAGAUGCUGCCGGCCGUGCCCGCACGCUGCCGACUAGGCGCCCGCCUGCAGUGCCUGCGGCUGCAGCUCGCGCUUGAUCUCGUCGACGCGCGCCUGCCACUGCUCGACGUCCUUGAGGUUGGCCUCGAGCUCGCGGAUCUCGUCCUCGAACGAGAGCGCCUCCGAGCCGUCGCCGCCGAGCUCCUCGAGCUGCCACGUGUUCUGCUCGCCGCCGAGAUGCAGCAGGUGCGUGUGGUAGCGCAUGAGCGAGGGCCGGUGGGAGAUGGUGAUGAGAGCUGAGGGAGAGGCGUGUCAGCUGGGGCGC